UCCUGGAGAAUGCCCGCAGACACAGAGUGCAGCAUCUGCUACUGUCCCUAUGCCACAGGGGCUCGAUGCCCGAGGGUCCUGCCUUGUGGGCAUACCUUCUGCAGCCAAUGCCUCCUUGCCCUCCUGUCCUUGGCGGAGCCUGGAAGCUCAGGCCUCUGCCAGCUCCUUUGCCCCCUGUGCCGUCGGCCUGCCCAGGCCUGUCCAGAGGAGGAUGAGCUCCCGUUCCCCGUGGACCCGGCUCUUGAUGAGCUGAUGCUGUCUAAAGGAGGCCCGGAGUCAGCUGUCGAGGGGCCGAGAGCAGCUGCCAAACGAGGGCCCAAGUGGUGGGUGAAGAGACUGAAGAGGAAGCUGGGCCUUCGGGGUCUGAGACACUCAAGCACUGAUGGUGAGGAGAAGGGGUCAUUGCUCAGGGCUUGGAAGCUGUGUGUGUGAACAUGCGUGAUAUGGUUCUGAUGGCAAGUUUUCAUUUGAUGUGAGCCUGAAGACAGCCUAACCCUAACCGAACCACCACUGCCCUGGGGUGAAGCUGGAACAUAUGACAGACUAAUCGAGGCCAAACAGAGAGCCCAGCGACCAGCAAAGGACGGUCAGAGUCCACUCCCCACAAAGACGACUGAGAUUGUGUGAGCAGCCAGUUUCCCAAUGUACCUGACACACUCUCGCACCUUCCAAAAGCAAAAUCAAAAACUAACCCUUCCUGGAAGAGGAGGUGCUUUGGCCCUCAUCAUUUCUUUCUCAGGCAGCAGGCUGAGAUCAACCAGAACCUAAUGUCAAGUGACCAUGGGACCCACAGUAAGGGUUAGCUUCAGGUCUAGGCCUACAUUGCUUUGCUCAAAACUGGGCCUCUGAUAACAGCGUUUAUGAUUUGAUCUUUCAUUUUGUUUUGAGGGUGACCCUGGUGAAAAAAUGUGUGAUCUAACCCUGGAGUGUAAUAUUUGUAUCAGAGAUAAUGGGAACUGCAGACACCAGAGAAUCCGAGAUAACAAAGUGUAGAGCUGGAUGAACACACCAGGCCAAGCUGCAUCCUAAGAUGUUGCUUGGCCUGCUGUAUUCAUCCAGCUCCACACUUUGUUAUCUCAGUGCAAUAUUUGUGCCAGGUUUUAUAUUGAGUCCCUGAAUAUAAACCGAGGUAAUCCUUCAACGCCCAGCUCCCCCCAAAUUGUCACCACACCAUCCUGUUACCAUGAACAAUACUGAAGAUGUUUAACUAAUGCUAACUGCCUAGCAUUGCGGCUUGGGUUUUGUUUUAGAGUGGUGUUUUGAUGUUGGCAUGGCAACGGCUCACUGGUCUGCCUCAAUUUCAUAGAAAUCUAGAAUCCUUACAGUCUGGAAGCAGGCCAUUUGGCCCAUCAAGUGUACACCAAUCCUCUGAACAGCAUCUCACCUAGACACAACUCUACCCAGCCCUCCCAACAUAUUCCUGUAACCCUGCACUUCCCAUGGCCAAUCCACCUAGCCUGCACAUCUUUGGACUGUGGGAGGUAACCAGAGCACCCGGAGGAAACCUAUGCAGACACGGGGAGAAUGUGCAAAUUCCACACAGAUAGUCGUCUGAGGGCAGAACUGAACCUGGGUCCCUGGCAGCUGUGCUAGCCACUGUGCCUCCCCACAUGGCACAUUUCCAAAUCCGUGAGUCAUAAUGUUUUCCAGCACAGGGGAAACGACUUAUUAAUGUUUAAUCACUGGCCAGGUUGCCAGAAUGCUUCAGAAAAUGCGCACCAACUUUGCAAGAGUUCAAAGCCUGUGGCAGAGCCUGCCUAGACAUAGGAACAGGGGUGUAGCCUGGGGUCGGAGGGGGCUCCUGUUCAUGCAGUAGGAGAAGGGAAUGAAAAAAAUACCAAAUUCAAGUUCUGAUGAAGAGGCACCAGACUUGAAACAUUGACUCUGCCCAGCCACCUGAAUUUUGCCAGUAAUUUCUGUUUUUGUAACCAAAUUCUAAAAUUGAUUAUUACUGGGCUAUCAGCACAUUAUUUUAAUGCCCACUCCCGUCCCAGUGUUAUGACCUGUUUUCAAUUACCUCCCUAGCAGACCAGUCAGCUAACCCCUUUUCCUAAAUCCAGUCUUUAAAUAGUUAGCAAACUGAAGAAAAUUGGCAGGGGUAGGGGAAGAGUGCAUUUUUUAAAUAUAAAAACACUCGACCCACAUUUUACUUCCUUUUGAUUAAGCAAUAUUGGAAUUUUGUGGCUGAAGGUCAGCAAUGGCUAAAUAGCUGCCUGCUUCUACUGUUUAAGUUUAUGAUUGCUUAGCUUUGGACGGGGAAAUCCCCUUGUGGUUCCAGAGGAAAGCUAUCAGUUCCUCCCAUGUCAGCUACAAGCACGGACACCAUUAAGAAUAGUCCGUUCUUGUAUCCUGAGUAAUUUCAUCAUCCUGUACGGUUAUAAACAGUGCACACCAGAGGGCUUUACUGGUUGGAAAUUGUCAAAUCGAAGGACCUAAUGUGUGCUACCACUGAGGUCAAAUUUCACCCCAUAGUCAAGUUCGUUUGUGCUCAGCUUCUGCUGAGCAGCAAGGAUAGCAAUAUUACAGCCUAUGAUUUCCAAUCUUGGCUCCUCAGUAUUAUCUUGCAUUUUGUAGUGAAUUGCUUUGUGACUUAACCAGCACUGUAAAUCAUAUCAUAUUGGUAUAUGUACAGAAUUUGUAUGAAACGGAAAUAAAAUAAUUGUGUAUUUAAUUG